AAUAAAUUUAUCGAAUUCCUGAUUUUCAGCGCAUAUUGGCAUCAUCGAUUCAUCGUCAACAUACCUAAACCUCUUGAAAUUGUAGCUGUCUGCAAUUUAAUUUUUGAGCCCUAAAUCAGUUCCAUUGCAGAAUUUUGGGUUGUAUAUAUGUAUUUGAGUGGAGAUUAUGGGUUUGUUUAAGAAAAUCGUGGGGUUGUUUGGGUUAGCGAAAGACGAAGACCAGCAGCACCGCGACGGCGACGCUGCUCUGCCUCCCUUCUCCGUCCCAUCCGCCGCGGCAGCUACUGCUUCAGCUCACCAUCUCCCUCGCAGAGGGUUCAGUGUUCCUGUUCAGGUCCCCGUCGAGCGGGGCCCGCCCCCUCCUCUUCUCGUGUUUUGCCCUUCCGGAGAUGGUGGAGUUCAGGGCUUGAGGUGGUAUACGAGGCGCCUUAGAAUAGAUGAAGAUGGAGAUGUUGCAGAUGAGUUCCUUGAUGAAGUGCCCCCAGAAACGUCAAGUGUGGAAGUGCUUGAUAGCCCUGCACCAAGGUUUGAAGUGAAGUGCAGCACGAAACCGGCCAAAGUGAGGAAAUUAGCAUUGCUACCUAACGGUAAAAUUCAACAUCUCGUGGAGCACCAAGGCAGGCUGGAGUGGCUGUAAGUGACCUCUGAGAAAGGCAUCAAUUACACUUCGAGAUUGGUUUCCAUAUUAUUCAUGUUGAUCCGAGUUUUCUUAACACUAACUGUGCCAUGAUUCCUUAAGAAAGAUAUAAGGGACUUCUGUGUAUCACAAUUCUUCUUCAAUAUUGUCGUUCCAAUCACAUUCAUCGAUUGAGGAAUGUGCAAAAGACACAACAGUCCUCUGCUGUAUCAUCAAAAGUUCUUUUGCACAACGCCAAAUUGUUACAUAUACAGGAUAUUGUGAUCAUGUUGUUCGACUCUCGUCUCAUUUCUUGUCUUGUGUUUGAUUUGUUCUGCUAAA